AUGUUUGAUGAGAAUAUAUGGGAAGGUGCUGUACGUUUGACUGAUACGUUUGCAAGCGUUCAUGGAGACAGCAACAAAGGCUUGAAAAUACUUGAUUUAUGUUGUGGUACUGGUAUUAUAGGGAGCCUUCUUGCCAAACAUGGAUACACAAAUAUACAAGGUCUUGAUUUAAGUGAAAAGAUGAUGGAAAAGGCAGAGGAAAAGAAAGUAUACAACAAGUUCAUCUGUGCAGUAGUGACAUCCAAAAGGUUGGAUAUACCCACCGGGGAUUAUGAUGCAUUAAUUGGAGCUGGGGCAAUUACCAGCGGUUACAUUAAACCUGAUGCGAUGGAUGAAGUCCUGCGAUUGGUUAAACCAGGUAAAAUGCUAUUAGUGACCGUUUUCUGAAUAAAAUCUUGAACAAAUUAAAAUUCGUCGCGUUCCUUGUAGAACGGGUCAUUUGAUGUCGGACACAUAACUUUGUAGUGACAAUGUAAUACAUGUGAAUGUUUGCUAAUUUUAGCACGGAUGUAAUAUCUCUACUUUUAAAUAGGGACCUUAAGCAAACAGGACGGCAACGCCACGACGACGACUAUUCGCACAAUGAUAUUGCUGAUCUCGUACAAAAGAAAUGAAUAAUUAAAAGCCCCACAGGAGUUAGAGACGUUGUGUUAGGGCUUUUUACAACGGCAAACCAGAGAUUUUCACGUCUCGUGUACAACGCAAACAUAUCAAGACGCGACAAGUGAAACUACAAAUUUGCUCAGCAGAAGCGUUUUUAACCAUAAAGCCUUUGUUUUAAUCUCUUCAAACUGAAUCAAUUCAUAUAUACAUGCAUGCAGUGGAUAAUACACAACAACUCUUCCUCGCAACAAUUUAUUUGAAGAAGUUUGUUUUGGUUGUCGUCGCGUUGCCGUCGUACAUGCUUUAUAAGGUCCCUAAUAUGUUGCGAAAACUCGACAAUACACACAAUUUGUAUUAUAUUUAUGAAAUAUUCAGUUGCUUACAAUCGAUCCAAAUUUUUACAUGUCUACUUUCAAAACUCUGCUCUCCCUCGUGCUAUAUAAGAUUACGUCAUAAUUUAUUCUAUAUUGUUCUUGCAUGAGGUAUGUCCAACACUUAACUCAAUCAGGAAUCAACAUUAAUAUAUUUUUCCACUGAACAUCAACAUCAAUCGCCACUGCUGUCUUCACUCUUCCUGUUCUUCUAACCUUCUUUUCGUUUUCAUCAUUCACUUUCCUUCCCUUUCCUUUCCUGACCUAAACUGAUUUCUAAUGGAACCAGCUUUUGUAAUGGUCUGUGCAAUCUACUAGCCUAGGCUUUCCAUCCUUAAUCGUCCUGACCUUCGCUCUACGCACAACUCCAUUCCGACCAACCACCAACUUCUCAGCAAUACCAGUUUGGCACUCACCAAGCUUCUUCAUUUCCUCUGACACAAUCACCAAAUCACAUCACCUGCUUUAACCGCCCAUUGAAAUCCAGUUCCAACAUCUACUUCGUCCCAGUCCUCGUUGUAAUCAUCAUCAAGCUAACAUGGCAUUAAAAUAAUUUGUCUACCAUACAUUAGACGCGAGGUUGUCAACAUCUCUCGAAGUUCCUCAUAUUCAUACGUCAACGGCCUACAGUUGAGCAUGGCCACAACCGUAAACAGCACAGUCAAUAACUUAUCCAUUGUUAAUUAACCUUGCAUUACCGAGAGCCUUCCGUAAACAUCUUUUUCCCCCGCUGACCAGGCUCUCGAAAAAUCCUCGCCGCCAUGGGGUACGUUCUAGAUUAAACGUUCGCUAAAUUGUUCUACUAUUUAACUCCGUAUGAACCUCAGGAUAAUUGUACAAUUUCCUAGUAGUGCCCUUUCAGUAACCUUGACGGUUUUUGCAUUUUGUUAUUUUUUCUAGGUGGAUAUAUAGUUUUCACUAUUCGCAAAGAUGUUUAUGAGAACGAAGAUCAUUAUGGAUAUCAAUCGAAAUUUAAAGAGCUUGAGGAUAAGAAAAAAUGGCGGCUCGCGCAGAAGAAUGUUGAUGUUGAUUAUGUGUUAGGGUCACAGGUAGAAUUUCAGAAAAAGUGUUACAUCUUUGUAUUUCAAGUUGUAUAAACAUCUACAAUUGACUUAUAUUAUAACUCUCUAUAGUCUAUAACUAUUAUAUAAUGUAGAUUUUAGGUUUUGUGAGCAUGUAUAUCAAUCAAAUAAGUUUUGAAAAAAGUUGCGUUGUAACAUAUAGUCAAACACAAAGCAUUCAAAGUUUCACAGGAAUUUUACAUUUGUAAUAAACAUAAUCUAUUACUGAUGCGGAUUACUUUAAAAAUGUGAUUACUGAGAAGUGGGUUGCAUAUGGUGUCUGUACGUCCUUUGAGGGUUGCAUACAGCCUUCUGUACAAUGUCACAACGGCUUUUUAUAUAAUAACUACAGUGAAACACGCAAUUUGAUUGGUCAAUAGCCGUGCAGGAUCAGGCUAUCCUGCAAGAGGAAUUAAAAUGUUUUCGCGCGAUUCUCAAUAUGUCAUUGUUUCACUGUAGUUAUUUUAUAAAACAAUUACCAAAUGGUUUUCCCAGCAGGAUAGCGUGAUCCAUGCACUUGGGAUGUUGCCCGACUUUCGGGAAGCGUAAAAACACACUCGUCUGCGGCUCGAGUAUUUUUACGCUUUCCGAAAGUCUCGCGACAUCCCUCGUGCAUGGAUCACGCAAUCCUGCACGGAAAACCAUUCGGUAUUCCUUCAGUCGAGUAGAAGACCCAGGAUAUACAACAACCUCUGCAUCUACGAUGUCACAUGCACUGGAUCGCUGCUAUUACUUUCCCGAUUACACUAAAAGUUUAAUUUAGUUCAUUGAGUUUAUCGCCCAUUGGUGAGCGGAGUUCCCAACAGGCUAUUGCCCAAUUGAUAGGGGAUCCGAGAUACCUACGGUUUUGACGUCCUUAUCCGAGAAGACGCGAAAUGUUCUGCUGAUGCCAAUAUGAAGGUAGCUCUUCUCAGUUAUCUUAAGAUCUUGGGUAGAGAUCCAACCAAGGAUUGAACCAGGGACACCCAGCUUGAAGGUAAUCAUGCAGGUAACCACGCCACCACAUGUACUGGUUAAAGUACGUUGCAAUAGCUGUGCGUCGCAUAAUUUGUAUAGGAAAUUACACGGUUCGAGAAUUAAUAUUAAUGAAAAAUCGCACACGUGUUUGGCGAAAUAUUUAUAAUCCUGCUCCGAUUCUAAAGUCGCCGACUUAGGGCGGUUGGGAGGUCCGUCCUGAAAAGAUAUUUUCCAAAGGCACUGGCAUACAUACAUCUGAAUAUUAAAUACUGACUAUAUUUUCAAAACCUCAAACUUUAGCAUGUCUAGCCUUUCAGUUGCAUCAUGACGUUCCACACAGGUAUAGCUUCGCCAGACUACGGUGGGAAUCGAACCCGCGACCUUUGGGUAGCCUGAAACAGACCUACGUUUCGCCCGCCCUAAAAUUCGCGGGUCGACGGAAAGGGCUGAACGGAGGUUUGAUGAAAAUGUUGUCAAAAGCGCCUUCCGACCACAUUGUAUUUUACAAUAAUUAACGAUGACGAUUGACGCAUUUAAGAUAAAGACAAGGAAGAUAAGGAAGAUAAGAAGAUAAAGAUAAGGAAGAACAUGAAGAGAAGGAAGUAAGAAGAUAAAGAUAAGGAAGAACAUGAAGAGGAUAAGGAAGAUAAAGAUAAGGAAGAACAUGAAGAGGAUAAGGAAGAUAAGAAGAUAAAGAUAAGGAUAAUGAAGAAGAUAAGGAAGAAUACUGGAUAAAUGCAUAAAUUAAUAAUUAUAGAACGAAUACACCAAAUUAUUAUCAGUUAUGGUGUGAUAUCAUACAGUAUCUUAGGAUAUCAUACAAUAGGAUAUCAUGCAGAUUUUAGGAUAUUAAUAUCUUAGGAUAUCAAUAUCUUAGGAUAUCAUACAAUAUCUUAGGAUAUCGUACAAUAUCUUAGGAUAUCAUACACUAUCUUAGAAUAUCAUACAAUAGGAUAUCAUGCAGUAUCUUAGGAUAUCAAUAUCUUAGGAUAUCAUACAGUACCUUAGGAUAUCAUACAAUAUCUUAGGAUAUCAUACAGCUUCCUUCUGCUCAUCAGUGAUAUCUUAGGAUAUCAUACAGCUUCCUUCUGCUCAUCAGUGAGCACAAACGACUCCUAAAGAUGGUCGAGCUCAUUUUCUGUCUCACAAGCCUUGAUCAUAUCCAACAUAUUAAUCUAAAAAAUAAAUUAGUCAGAAAUGCAACCUAUGAAUCUCAAAAUAAAAUUAUCGUAAACAUAUAUUCAAAACAAAUACAUUGUAAACUUACCGAUUGAGCCAUUUUAAAAACAAUCCAACGCAAUCUAAAGUAGAGAACACUUGAGAACCAGAGAACACUUGUCAAACGCAAUGAUCAAAAUGUGUGUUCGAAACAUUAUAUUCUUUCUAGCUUUUGAAUCGUGUACGGACGCGUCUUUGAGAGCUCCGUAUAGCUCUGAUAUAGCUUGUAGAUUUAGCUCUGUAAAGCACCUACAAAGGCAGCCACACAUUAAUUUAACCUUAGUUACACAUCUCGUUCCUGUAUCAAGAGAUUCGGGAACGAGAUCAAGAGAUUCAGAAAUGAAUGUUGAAAUCAUGUUCUCAAGUAGAAGACUCCACACCGCCAUAUUCAAUCCGACGGCAAUGAUAUUUUAUAACUUGGUUUACCGGACAACAAAUUAUUAUAUCAAAAACAGUAAACCAGAAAGUAUCUUUGAAAGAACCCUUCAGCCGUAUAGAGCGCCGUGCCGGAAAGCAAGUUCGAGAAAGACGUCUGUAUAAAACAACAAUCAAUCGCUAUUAUAACCUGCCCUCGACAGACGAUGUUGUUUACUUCAACCGAGUCUCGUGGGGCCAGAUCAUUGGUUACUAUCAACCCACUCAGUAAGCCGAACGAAAGUCGAAAUACCAUCAAAUCUGGACAGAAAAUAUCACCUGAACAGCAAAAGAAAAACCGAUCGAAAAGGGAAAUCACAAGACGCCAUUGUUUCAAGAACAAACAAUUCGCCUUAUUUGAAUAUUAUUGAUCCCGCCGUAUACUCUAAUGGGACAGUUAACAAUAGCAAGAAUAAAAGUAAUUUCAGACUUAUAGAUAGACAGCAUAAACAUACGCUCUUUGAGAAAUACGACUCACCUGGCACAACUCCGCGAAUUCGCUUAAUCAAACAAACCUGACGUCCUGACGAUUUCCGAGUCUUGGCUUAAUACCACAAUAACCAACUGUGAAAUUCGUAUCGAUGGCUACAAACUCUUUAGAUUGGAUCGACUGUAUAAGACAGGCGGUGGUGUGUGCGCUUACAUUCGCCAGGGCAUUAAAGCAUCCAAGAUGACAGAACUUUCUAGCAUAUCUCGAAAACAGUUUCCACCAACUCUGGUUAAUGCUGUAAUCUGAGAAGCUGAAAUCUCUCCUGAUAUGCAUAUCGUACAGACCCCCUGUUUGUCAUCUGUGCUGUUUCGAAGACCAUCUGAAGCCAUGCUACAACAAAGCCCUCGUAUUUGGCAAACCAAUUAUAGUUAUCGGUGACCUAAAUUGUAAUAUUGUAAUACCUUGAAGAAUGGUCCUGACAGUAAAGCACUAUUUGAUAUCUCAGUUGAACAUAAUCUCUCACAGAUCAUCAAGGCUCCAACCAGAAUAUCAGACACCUCCCAGUCACACAUCGAUGUGAUUCUGGUCUCCUGUCCCACACUUGUAUACAAUAGUGGCGCCACUAACAACCCAAUCAGUGACCAUCUCCCAGUUUAUGCCGUAUUUAAGUUGAAACCACCCACGCCUCCACCUCUCUACAUUACGGUACGCAGUUUCAAGAACUAUGACCCAGAAGCCUUUGCGGCAGACCUUUCCAUCAACUUGUCGGGGCUAUUCACUCCAUCAUACAUGGACAUAAACUCCAUGCUCUCUAGCUUUACGUAAUCAGCUCAGUCCUCGAAGUUCAUGCUCCCAUCAGAACCAUAAAGAUUCGUAGUCGACCUUGCCCGUAUGUCACUUUAGAAGUCAAACAGCUCAUGAAGAGGAGGAACAAUCUACAUCGGAGAUUCCUGCAAACUCGCGACCCCAAUUAUUGGCAAAAUUACAAAAAUUCUCGCAAAGAAAUAAAGGUCAUUUUACAGGAUGUGAAAGAAAUUACAUAUCGUCUGAAGUUCAACAACACAGGGAUAAUCCCAGCUCACUGUGGAAAAUUAUCAGUCGCGUUAUCCCAUCCAAAGACAAAGAGCUUCAAGUUUAUAGUAAAGACCGACACCUUGUAGCAGAAGAAUUCAAUCAGUAUUUUCCUCCGUCGGUCGCAACACCGCUAAAGAAGCCCUGCGCCUAG